CAUUUUAGUCUUUUUUCUUCAUGACCAUUCUUAUUCCAUUCUCUAUACAAACAUCUCUGAAUUCUCUCUCUCUCUCUCUAAAAUUACUGAAAUCUUGGAGAAGAUUAUCAAUGGAGAAGCCGAAGCCGAUCAAUGUAAGCUCUAAAAUCUGGUUUGCUUGUUCAACCUUCUUCUUCAUUUGGGUAUUACUCCUCUGUUCUCUAUCAAGCAAAACAAGCUUAAUUACUCUAUUUCCAUCUUUCUCAAACUUGAAAUCAAUCUUCAUAGAAGAAAACAGAGUUGAUCAACAGUUCAAAGAAACCGAUCAUGACGAAUCCUGCUCCGGCCGAUAUAUCUACGUUCAUAACCUUCCUGCCCAAUUCAACAUCGACAUUCUUAAGAACUGCACAGCUUUGAAUAAAUGGUUCGAUAUGUGCGAACCACUUUUGAACAUGGGUCUUGGAAAAGAAACAUCUAAACAAGGUUGGUACGCUACGAAUCAGUUCACUUUAGAGAUUAUUUUUCAAAAUCGAAUGAAUCAAUAUGAUUGUUUAACAAGGAAUUCUUCAUUAGCUACUGCUAUUUAUGUUCCUUAUUAUGCUGGAUUAGAUGUGGGUCGGUAUUUGUUUGGGAAAAUUGAUGUCUCUGUUCGUGAUAAAAAUGUUGUUGAUUUAGUUAAUUGGUUAACUAAACAACCGGAAUGGAAAAGAGUUUAUGGAAUUGACCAUUUCUUUAUAGGAGGUAGAGUUACCUGGGAUUUCCGGCGACAAUCCGAUGAACAAUCAGGUUGGGGAAACAAACUAUUUAUCACACCGGAGAUUCGUAACAUGACAGCAUUGAUUAUUGAGAAAAACCCAUUAGAUAACAAACUUGAGGUAGCAAUUCCAUACCCAUCUUAUUUCCAUCCAUCAAAUUCAAAUGAAAUCAUAAAUUGGCAAAAUGAAGUUCGUAAUGUAAACCCAGAAUUCCUUUUCUCCUUUGUGGGUUCUCCUCGUCCAAACGAUAAUACAUCAAUCCGUGAUGAACUAAUCAACCAAUGUUUAAACAGCAUCCAUUGUCGAUUACUAGAUUGCAAUGAUUUCAAAUGUGAUGAUCCAUUCUUCGUGAUUCAAGCAUUUUCGAAAUCGAAAUUCUGUUUACAACCAUCAGGGGAUUCAUACACAAGACGAUCAACGUUUGACGCCAUUCUUUCCGGUUGUGUGCCUGUUUUCUUUCAUCCUAUGUCGGCUUAUGGUCAGUAUGUUUGGCAUUUACCUAAGAAUCAUUCAAGUUAUUCAGUUUUGAUUAAUGAGACAGAAGUGAAAGAAGGAAAAGUGAAUAUUGAAGAGGUUUUGGGGAAGAUACCGGAGAUUGAAGUGAUGGCAAUGAGAGAGGAAGUGGUGAAGUUGAUACCUAAAUUGGUUUAUGCUAAUCCGAUGAAGAUGCCGGAGAAAGGAUUGGAAGAUGCUUUUGAGAUAGCUGUGAAAGGGGUUUUAGAGAGAAUUAAGGAGAGAAAGGAAAAUAAUUAAUUGAAUAUUUUUAUUUUAUUUUUCCAAAUUUUACUCCUUUUUGAUAUUUUCAAUGUUGGGUGUUAUAUUAUAAUAAGUAAGAUAUAUAGUUUUAAGAAUUGUAACUAUUUUAUAGAUUAAAAUUGAGUUUAUAAUAUGUUUUAGGAAUCUAUACAAAUA